AUGAACGAUAUAAAUCCAAUAAGAGAUGAUAACGAUAUGUUAAACAUCGAACAACAAAUAGCCUCAAAUGAUGAAAGUGGUACUCAGGUUGCUCAUGAUGAACAUUACAAGAAAGGCGCCCAGUUCGCUCAUGGUGAAUAUUUCGAGAAAGAUGCCUUUUCAGCAAUCCCUACCUAUCCUUCGAAUCAACCUGAACCGAGUCAGCCUGAACAAAUUCAUCUUUCGAGUCAUUCUGAAUCGAUUCAUCCUUCGAGUCAACCUAAGUCAACUCAAAACGUCGAUAUUUCUAAAAAAAGCAGCUCUUCAGAUGAACCAAUAUCCAAACAUCAAAAUGAGCUUCAUAAAUCAACUGCAUCAACAGUUGUAUUAAAACCAAGCGCUCAACGGCAUAAAACAGGAUCUUCGAUCAAAUCCACUUCCACUCAUGAAAAUUUAAAGGCGUCAAACGUUACAGCAAAUCCAACGGUUCCAAAUAGCCCAAAGCGAAAUAAGAAAUAUGAAAAUGUAUCCAGCCGCAUUAAUUCGAUAACAGCGCAUAAACCGGGUGGUGGUAAUGUAAAAAUUUUUUCACAAAAAUCUUCUUAUCAAGUAUCAUCAAAAAUUGGCUCUUUGGCUAAUAUCAAUCGAACUCCAGGUGGUGGCCAUAUACUAAUUGAAAAUCACAAAGUCGAAUUCAAACAAAACGCAAAACCACGAAUUGAUGCUCGAAGUGAUCAUAAACGAUCACAAUCUGUCAAAAAGAUACCCACACAAAAACUCGAAUGGAAAGCUGAAUCCAAAGUUGGCUCAUUAAGCAAUAUUACGCAUAAACCGGCGGGUGGCAAUGUGAAAAUCCCGACAACGAAACUGAAAUGGAAAGCUGAAAGUAAAAUCGGUUCAUUGGAUUCAAAGAGUCAUGGCAACUCAAGGGCUUCACUGGAUUCAAAGGAUCAUGGCAACUCAAGGGCUUCACUGGAUUCAAAAGGUCAUGGCAACUCAAGGGAAAACGCUUCAAAAUCCACAUCACAAACUUCAUCACGAACUUCAUCCUUUCACAGAGCGGAUAACAAGCAAGAAAAAAAUGAACUAAAUUUGCCUGGCGCUAGAGAUCCAAUCGAUACAACGGAAGCAUUAGGUUUAUAA